ACACAUGACACACUGUGGCAGAACACACUUAGACACACACACACACACAUACACACACACACACACACCAUCAUUUUGCCGUCAUUGAAUUUCUUGUGCUGUGACUGAGCUGUUUUAGUCAGGAUUUACAUGACUGCAGUGAAGUUUUAAGUUUAAUUACACCUUUUCUUUGCUGUGUCUCACACAUAUCUGCAAGAUGUGUCUUCUGACAGCUGCCCUGCUAUUUUCUUUACUUGAUUCUGUUUCCUGUGUUCAGUUUCUGGCACCUCUGAACAUGGGAGGAGUCACAGGGCAGGUGCAGUUUAACUCCACCUCCCAGACAGCCCAUGUCACAGUGUCUGGCACUGGAUCCUGUGGUCCACUUAACUUUUCCCUCAGUGAGUUCCCUGUCAUGUAUGGCCAUUUCGCUCAACCUUGUUCAGAAGCAAAUAUCGGCUCCAGCGUUUUUACAUUCACAGCUGAUCCUGCCUCAGACUCCAACGUCAAUGUGUCACACCUCUUUGAACAAAGACAAAACCUGGACGACUUAUCACUGAUCCUGCAGACAUGUAACGGCACUAAAGUUUGCACGGUUGUAAGUCGUGGUGAAACGCUCUUGACUCGUCAGGCCAGGUUCACUGGACCUAUUGCUGGUAAUGUCUAUAUCCGCCUCAACACUGGAGAGACCUACCCCAGGCUUCUUGCAGACCUAGUUACAAUCGGUCAGGUUAAUGCCUCACAAACCAAUAUCACUCUCUUUGGGUCUACGAGCACUGCCACAAGCUGUAAUGUUCUACUUGGAAGCUUAGACACCUCUACUUUGACCAGUUUGGGUGUGGUGAAGGUUGGAAUCCCAUUGCAACUAGCAAAGUCUCGCCUGGACCUGACCAACUUCACUAUCAGCACAGGCUUUCUUCUUGUGCGCAUGGGGUCAAGUUACAAGUGUGCUCAGAUUUAUAAUGUGCCAUUGAAACAGGUGGCCGCUGUAAUGAAUAUGAGAGGCAUCAAAGGAUACUUCAGCUUCCGUCAGGCUUCCCCAUUUGAUAUGACAGAGUUGAGGGUGAACCUAACUAACUUACAGAACAGAGUUGGCCCUUACCAUGUCCACCAUUUUCCUGUCCCUUCAGUCAGAUCUCCUCCAUCAAGCCGGUGUUCAAAUGAUAAUGUGGGUGGCCACUGGAACCCAUUCAAAGUCAACAUUAAUGACCCAACAUACCCUAAGGGUCCUGGGUCAACACACGACAGGUAUGAGAUUGGUGACCUAAGCGCCAAGCAUCUGUCCCUCACAGAUAAAAAUGAGGUGGAUAUGAUGUUCACAGACUUCAACCUCCCUCUGUUUGGACAGAACAGCAUUGUAGGUCGCUCAGUUGUGAUUCAUCAAACAGAUGGUGCAAGGUAUAUUUGCGCCAGCAUCAGCUAUCCUGGUGAAGUGAUCGUUGGCAGGGCCAGAUUUCAGAGCCCUGUGGUUGGUGAGAUCUGGUUCACACAGCUGGAGAACAAUCCUCUGUCUGACGUAUCCAUCUUCAUGGAUCUGUCAUAUGGAAAUCCCACAAUGACACCAACCAGAAACCACAACUGGCAUGUUCACACCUACCCCAUUAGCUCAGAGAGGGAUGAUGAUGAAAGGCGCUGCAGCUCCACAGGUGGACACUGGAACCCCUUUAACAUCGACACAGGAGACAAUAGCUAUGCCCUCUACUGCUCCCCAUCCAAUCCUUUAUCCUGUGAGGUGGGAGACCUCUCCAGCAAACACAGCACUAUCAACCUUGGCACCAAUGUAGGUGGAGUGGAAGCAAAGAACUUCUUCACUGAUGUCACUUCCUGGGUGCCUGAUUCAGGCAUUAUUGGCCGUUCUGUGGUCAUCCACCAAAAAGACAGAGGAGGGCCACGGAUUGCUUGUGCCAACGUUACAAUGUUGCGGGUCCCCAAAGCUAGCCUAGGCAGCUGGUUUGGCCCUGGGAUGUCCAAUGGCCAGGUGUGGUUCUCCCAGGCGGUCCCACAAGGCCCCACAACUAUCAACGUAUCCCUGAUGAACCUGAACUCCUUAGCUGGGGGUUACCAUGUUCACAUACUGCCCAUCAAACCUGGUAGUGUAGACCCCUGCUCCAAUGCAAACAUCUUGGGCCACUUCAACCCGUUAGCCUGGAACAUAUCAAACUCUCCUGCACCGGGAGCUGGCACUGUGGACCAGUAUGAGAUUGGAGACAUCAGUGGAAAGUUUGGGAUGCUGACAGGCCUUGACCAGUCUGAGGCUGUAUACAUGGACCCUGAUAUGCCAUUAACUGGACCCUACAGCAUAGUGGGAAGAUCAAUAGUGGUUCAUCGCACCAAUGGAUCAAGAUUGAGGUGUGCUAAUAUCUUAGCUGACAGAAAUCCAGAUGGACAAUGGACUAUUGCCAAGGCUGUUUUCAAUGGUACAGUGACUGGAACAGUCCGAAUGCGCCAGCAGAUGUUUCCUGAUGGGAGUACCAGUGAUAUGACACUAGAUGUGGCCUUUCAGCCAUCAGCAAGGGAAAAUACAACUGGAAUAUCCUUGUUCAUCACAACUAACCGCGUUGGCACCAACAACAGCCAGUGCAACGGUUUGGGGGACACGUACAAUCCCUUCAACAUGACGUCAAUGAGUUCCACCUGUUCAUUGGAGAGCCCUCUGAGCUGUGAGGUGGGGGAGAUAUCUGCACGGCAAGGCCCAGUCAGCCUGACUCAGGGUCAGGUCUUCACCGACAGCAACAUCCAGCUCACUGGAGAAGUCACAGUGGUCCACAGGUCUCUUUUGUUGAAGAGCGGAAACAGCAUCAUCGCAUGUGCCAACAUUGUCCCAGAAUCCCCUUCAGCAGACCAGACCUUUCCCAAUGUGGCUAACUUCAGCACAUAUGACUUCCGUAUGAGGGUUGCAGAUGUCCUGAAGGUGAAUAUAGCAGCAGUCACCAUCCUGCCCGGCUCUCCCGCCUCUGCAGCAGAUGGAAGAUGCCAGCAGGUCAGCUUCAUGAUAUCUGGGGAUGUCAGCGCAGAAGUCCUCAGUUCUGUCAAAACCAGUGAGAAGAUGGGCGUGUUUAAAGAGUCUGAUACGUGUACAAGAAGUGCAUUCUCACCACUGGUUCCAGGAAGUUUUCUUCUUGGCUUGAUGUUUGUUUCUGCCUGCCUGCUGUCAUCCACAACUUAUUAAUAACUCAGAGAUUCAGCCACGCCAUGCAUCACCAGAGGGGAUACAUGGAUCCUCAUAUUGUGAAACUGUGAAUAUGUUUAUGAAAUGUAGCCCAACAAGUGGUACGGUGGUCAUCUGAUUAAUUAUCAAACAAAUAAUAACUCUGUCUCUUUGUACAACGUCUGCCAUCCAAUAAAGAUCAUGCCUUUUCACAGUCUUUGUAAUAACCAUUUUAGGCAUCAAGCUGUUCAAUAACUGUUCAGUGUAACCUUUAUAGAAGCUUCAUUUUUUCCACAACAGAUAUUGCUCAUGUUUUAUUCAUAUAGACUCAUGAAUGGGUGAAUGGGGUUAAUGUGUUACAUUAUCAGAAUGUCAGACUUUUUUCCUUCUGUAUGCACUGUCCAUAAAUCCAUGUCAAAUUUUGUGUAAAUAUAUGGGGAAAUUGUGAAUAAAAUACAAUUAUGUUUGUA